AUGCGUCUUGAUCUGCAUGGAGACUUCUGUCAUACUGUGUACACCAAAGCCUCUUCGGUCCGCUCCUGGCUCAUUGACCUGCGGCCCCUGGGUUUCGGUUUGCGUCUUCUGCUGCAGGAUCGUCCACCGGAGGCCGCGGACGUUCGAGCGCUGAUGACAUGCCAAAGACCAGGGGCUAUCCUGGAUUGGUCGGUUUGUGAACUGCCGCCAGGAUGCACGCUGUGUUGCUCAGAAGUCCUCUUUUCCGAUGUGAAGCCUGACCACCUGCCUGUUGUUGAAGUGACAUGGUCAGCGUCUCAGGAGUCAGCGCAGAUGGUUACAGCUGCACGGCUUGCUAAAUCAGUUGUUCCUACCGCGGCGGCCGGAGCCCUGCCUGGCACUGAUCCUGGUUCUGCUUCGCCUGUGAUCGAGUUUCGCAGUCUCCCUCAAGGUACCGAGGCGCUACGUCAGGCUGCACAGGCCCACUUCAACAGAGAGGAUAAUGAGCAUCUACCCGAGCCUUUGCAACGCCUCGAGGGUUUCAACAUUCCCGGCGAUCCACAGGUUGCUCGUACCGAUACCGACGACUCCGGGGAUAGCCCUUAUAGUCACACUUGGAAGCCCACCUUUGUUGUCUUGGUUCCCGAUAUGACACCAGAGACGGUACAGGUGACUUUGGUCGCGCCAUGUAGCGUUGACGAUGCUCUCCAAGCGCUUAUCGAGGCGUCUGAUGCCGAUCGUUAUCGCUUCUUUCCUCGCUUCCUUGAGGUGGAGCCGCAGCCCAGCCAGUACUGGGGCACUGUCUUGGCUUUGCCGCCGUGGACUAAUGCUGAGUCGAUCUCGGUCCUCGACCUCUUGGACAUCGACGGCCGCCUGUAUGCGACCUACUUACCCAACCCCUUUACCAGGGGACAGGCACUGCAUGCAGCGCGCCUCCCUGAUGGUGUUGACUAUGCCGUCUUUGCGUACGGCCACUUCGUUCCCAUGGCUCCCGGUGACAGGAUCAAUGUACAGGGAGGAGGUAAAGUUUCGUUCCGGCGCGCAGGUGCCGCACAUCUUGUGCAGGGACCUUCCCUGCGAACCAUGUUGGCAAGUCCCUAUAGCUGGGACCCCGAGCCCGUUUUGCCUCUCUUGCCUGCUGACAACAGGGUUUGUGUGGUCCAUGAUUCCGGGUUUGAGCUUGUAAUGGCUGAGCCCUGCUAUGGUGAUCAGGACUUGUUGUUCUAUGCACGUGCUUCAAGCCAGCUUGCGCAGGGGGAGGUCUUGUUUGCCGGUGGCAGACCAGAGGUCCCAAACGUCAUGUGCCAUGGCCUGCCCUGUGAAACCAUCUGUGCCAUUGCUCCUCGAGAUCCCGGCCAGCAGCAGUGUGUUGUUUUGGUGGAUCAAAGGCCGCUGCUCGAGGGAUGGUCUCUAUGGUCUGUAAUUGAUGGGACCAUCUCUCAUGUCGAAAUAACAGGCCUACUUGAGACAUUUGUGCCGAAUGGGUGGCAGGUGCAGGUGCUUGGGGCGCCGAUCGAUGCAGGCUUCUUACAUGUCAAAAAUGGAGAUGUUCUUAUCGCUGAGUUUGUCCCAAACACAUCCCCGGAGACGACUCCGCAGCCGGCGUUGACGCCGGAAGAUUCCUCUGAUAAGGAUUCAAGUGGUUCAGAGGACGCCGAUGCGGCUGACAGUGGGGUCAGAUCCAACCCAAGGACGAGGGAUGGCGACGGCCCCAGUGCUCGCCCCGUCGGCGAUGCCAGAGAGCGCAGCAGGUCUCCCAGGCGAGGUACUGCCGAUGGAAGUCGGCAUAGCCAAACGAAGGGUGUCUUCGCUCGGAUCUGCGAUUGCAUUUCCCGCGUGCAGGGCCCCUGCUGUGGCACCUUUCACAAUCUUUCACUUCCGCUCUCUGUUGUCGGAGACACCUUCCUGCCUUUUCUGUGCUGUUUCCCUACGUUUACGCAGCUUGCCAAAGGUCCAUGCGGUUGUCGUUUGCUGGCCGAGCCCCAGGGCUCUUCUGCCUCUGAACAGCAUCACUUGGAUACUUUGCGUCUUCUCACUGGUGCACUAGGGGGUGUUUGGCACCCGGCCCUGCCCACCUUUCUCCAGGAAUUCUUCCUGCCUGCCGAUGAUGUUGCCUCUGAUGUAAGCGCAGACGAAGGCUUGCAGACUGCUUGGGUUUCAUGUGUGGUGCUUAAACUUGACUAUGUCCCCGAGAAGGUUACUGUCGCUGUGCAUAUCCCUUGCACGCAGCCAGAGCUCGAACAUGCCUUGCAGGAUGCACGGGACCCUCUGAUGCGGCGCCUGUUUCCCGCACUUACGGCUGUACUGCCACAGCCUCGGUCAGGUUUCGCGGUGUUCGUUGCGCAGCCGUCAUGGAAUACGCUUGGCAAUGUUGAUUGCUUUGAGCUUGAAGGAGUGGACCACAGGCUCUUUGCCGCCUUCUCUCCUGGCUAUGUUACGCGCAGCGAGAUCUGUGAGCUCGCUGACGUUCCCCCGAUUUGGGGAGUACAGGUUUGGGCAGGUCCGGAUAUGGUCCGCCUGCUGGAUGAGGAGCUUAUCCAUGUCUUCCCUGGGAUGCUGAUUUGUUUCACCCUCCCCGGCCGACUCCCGCCUGUCGCACACACCUUGGGUGUCUUGCUCCUUGACCCGGAGCUGUGGCGUGACAUUGCAGUCCUUGAAGAGCUUACGACCGACUGUGCUCUCUGCUUGGUUACGGAACGCCGCAGCCAGGUUCUUAUGCUUCAUGCCCAUGAGAUGCCCCAACAUAGGCGUCAUGUUGCAGCCGCCACUGGCGUUGAGCUUUCCAGGAUUCGGCUGUUUGCUGAACAACCCCAGGCAAGGGAUACUGCUAUACGGGGGACCUUCUGUCAUUCAGUGCUGGCCAUCGGCCGGCAUGACACACAACAGCAAAUUUGUUGGAGUCUUGCCUUGCUUGACUGUCGACCGAUUGAGCUUGGAUGGCGCUUGGUGCAUGUUGCCGGCGGCGUUGUCGACAUUGGCCGCGUUGUGGAUGCGUAUGACCAAGGUGCCCCUCUGGGAUGGAAGGUCGUUGUCCUUGAUGUCCCGACACAAGUUGGCAGUGUCCCUGCUUUGCCUGGACAGGUCCUUGUUGUUGCGUACGCUCCGGCCCCAUUUGUGACAUACCCUCUCACUGGCAGGUCCGGCAUGACUAUGGUCGGCUCCGCUUCCACAGAGAUAGAGUCUCAAGCAGCCUCGCGUGGGAGUGCUGGGGAUGGUGACGAUGUUGUCUCACAGGCUGGAGACGGAGCUCUCCCGGCUACCACGUCCCCUGGCAAUAGUGUCGCUCUAGUUGAUACUGCGAUGUGCUUCGCUUUGCUUACGCCGGCGUACUGUAUGGAAGUGGUCACGAUCAGGACUGGUCUGCCUACCCGCUUUGAUGAAGUGGUUGGCCUCAUUCAACGUGACAGGGAUGCUACCAGGCAGCAUCUGUUUCCCAGGCUACUUGCCGUUCCGGUGCAGCCCCCGUUUUCGUUUGCGUGCAUCCUCGCUUUGCCGGCGUGGCCCUUCGAGGGAAUCCCGAUUGUGCUAGCGUGCUUUGUGCCACCGUGCCGUGUGUUUGCGGCUAUCGUCCCUGGUGUUAUGCGGCACCCCGCAAUCGCGCGCCUGAUUGAUGCACCUGAGGAUAUCCCGGUCCGGGUUUAUGUCAAUGAUGUGCCCUGGGAGACACCCAUAGAUGCGAUGGUGUAUCUGCACCCCGGUGAUCUGAUUACCAUCGUCCCCCGCAUGGAUGAGGUCGCCCCUCCGACUCAGCUGGAAUGCCUGUUGGCUAUAGUGCCACGCCCUUCCGAGGAGGCCAUUUGGUUGCUCACAGACCAGCUAGGCUACGCCGUUCGCUUGAUGGGCGGUCACUCCCCUCCAGGGGAGGAGAAUCAUUUUCGUUAUGUCAGCUCCGGAAAGGUUCUCACCGUAACCUUUGUCGCGCGCUGGUUGCAUCGUUCCCCCCCUCCGGAAGAUGGCGGGGAGGACGGGCCGGACGAUGAUGGAGAAGGAGGUGGGGAUGAUGGCGACGGGCCGGAUCUUACCCAGCCGCAUUCCUCUGACCUCUUCUUUGAUGCGCCCUCGGUCACGCAGGCUCAGGCGAGCGGAUCCAGCUGCAUGCCGGCUGUGGGCACCUCUGGUUCUGGUUCGGCUUGGAACAGUAGAGUAGCCAUGUGGGACAGGAGUUUCUUGCAACACGCCUUUCUCGAAGGCCUCUCCUAUCUCACCCCUGUCCUCCUGUUCCGAACCUGCAUUUUUGCCGAGGUGAAGCGAGUUGCUGCUACGCUUCCUUCGCCUGGCUUCCGCUGCCCGCGCGGGCGCGGUGCCCCCUUUGGAAAUGGAUGGCUUCUAGGUUGCCUUGUCUAUGGUCUGUUUGCAGCGCAGACAGACUGUCCUGCCUUCUACCUUGCAGCCACCCUGCUCGAUGCCAUGUUUGAGCAUUUUCGAGUCGCCCCACCCGCUGUUGUCCUCUCCCUCUCUGAUGCCUUGGGCGAUGAGGGGGUUGUCUCCUCUGGCGGCUUGUGUGGGCUUGAUGGAUUCACUACUUCAGGGCCGGAGGUCUUCGAUUUGGCAGGUAGACAAUGCGUCCUUCCUUGUCGAGAAGCCAUGCUUGAAACAUUGACUUGUUCCUUCCCUUUCUGCCAGCUGCAGGGUCCCGUGGGCCCCCUUCCCAUGUCUGAGCGUUUCGAUGACUGGGUGCGGGAUUCUCAAAUCGGGCGUGCUCCUGCGCCGGGUGAGUUCGUUAUCAUCACUACGGACGGCUCCUUUGAUCCCGACACGGGUUCUGCUGGAUGGGCUGUGGUAAUAAGCCUGGUGAGCUACGAUGAUUUCCUUCUCCCCGGUCAGCUUGUAGACUGUGCCUCUGGAUCGUUGUGUGAUCUCCGGGCUGCCAUUGGGAAGGAAUUCGGUUGUAACAGUGCUUAUCUCUCUGAGAUCGCCGCACUUUUCUGGGGUGCUGUUUUUGCCUUUCGUUUGCCUGUAGGAGCGGCCAGGGUCUUCAGGGCGGACAAUAUGGCUGCUCUUCAGGGUGCCGCCGGACGGGUGCGAAUGCGUAACCACCCACUUUGUCACGCUACUGCCUCUUUGCACACUGCAUAUGGACUCAUGCGCGGAGUCCCCUCGUAUCAGCAUGUGCUCGGCCAUUCUGCGGAUCCGGCCAACGAGCUUGCCGAUGCCCUUGCCGGCAGCGCCUCCCGUGUGGACAGAGGGUUUUCUUUCCCUCCCUUCCAGUUAUCUGAUUGGUUCUCUCAUGCGGGGGCGGCUUUCGCGUGGCUGCCACAUGUGUGCUACACUCUACGCACUCCCCAUGCGGUCCCUACCGUUCGCAGUGAGGUCAUGUCGUGGAGUCGGGGAGAUUCUGCUUCGAGUAUCUCGCCAGCUGAGACCAUGGCCCCCUUUCUACGUGUCUCUGAUGGAGAGACUCUUGCCGCAGCGAAAGGGCGUGCCAUUUCUGCUGCUGCUGGGCUUGCCUCUUUUAACGCGCUCUCUCUCCUUGAAUCGGGAGGGCCUGUUACGAACUCUGGUCUGCAUGGGGCUGCCGGACGGGUGAAGCUUGUCUGUGAUUCGUUCCAUUCUCACGGGAUUGUCUUGGCUGGACUCCAAGAAUGUCGAACCCCCCCAGGUGUUAUGUACUGUCAGGGCUACAGGCGCUUUUCGUCCGGGCAGGAUCAUAAUGCCUGUUAUGGUGUUGAACUCUGGAUUUCGGAGGCUGGCCCCUUUGAUGUUGGUUCGACUAUCGUCUUACAUGCUGAGCCUACCUUCAUGAUUGCAGGCCUGACUUUUUACGGUCGCUCCCUGCGUGUUUUGGUGGCUCAUGGUCCGCAUCGAGUACACACCGAAGAGGUCCGGACCACUUGGUGGCAUCGCGUUCAGCAGCUUUGCAGUCUUCAUACCCGUGGUGCGUCAUGGAUCGUCCUAGCCGAUGCCAACUGCCGUGUCGGUAGCGUUCGCAGCCCUGGAAUUGGGGGACAUCAAGCCGACGCUGAAGAUCUCUCGGGUUCUCUUUUCCGUCAUCUCCUCGAGGAGCUUGACUGCUGGCUCCCGGCCACCUUUGGCAAUACCGCCUGGGGCGAGGGGGGCACUUUGUAUCAGAAACGCAACGGCGAGUGGGGUCGAUCGGAUUUCGUCGCUCUUCCUUGUGCGUGGAACUUGUCCCGAUGCGCAGCUUGGGUUGAGCCUACCAUCUCUGCCGGGCACAGGUGUCUGGAUCACUGCGCUGUGGUCGUUUCCUGCGUUGUCUCUUUUCCCAGUGCUUGCCGAAAUCGGGCUAGAGCCAGGCGAAUUGAUGCUAGUGCGCUGGCUUGCCCUGCCAACCGAGCCGCGGUGGAGGACAUUCUCCAGCAUGUCCCUGUUCCUCCUUGGUCUGUGGACGCUAGUGAGCAUGCCGCUGUUCUGGUUGAUUACCUCUAUAGAAGUUUGGUUGAAGCUUUUCCGGCGGUGAAGCGCCGGAUGCACGGUACGCACUUCUCCGAAGAGACACAGCGUCUACACCAGCUCGUUGCUGGGCUUCGCCAUUCCAUUUGUGCACGAACUGCGGCCUACAACAAACAAUACGCUGCUCAGGUGUGCUUUUGCGUGUUUCCGUCCUGGUGGGCCAGUGUUCACUACCGUCUUCUCAGGAGUUGCCGACAGGACAAUGCCAAUCGCCUCGCUCAGCUGUCUGACCAGAUAGCCGCUGCCCCUUGCGCCGCGCUGCACAAAGAGGCGGAGGUUACGCAGGUAUGGCGGGAUCACUUUCGGGUCCUGGAGGCUGGGCAGGAGACCUCGUCCUCUGCCUUGUCCGAAAGAUGCCGUGACAGGCAGCUCUCUUUCGAAGGGACGGAUGAAGUCGAUUGUGCCUCCGUUCCUACUUGGGAGCAGCUUCAUGCCUCUUUCAGAGCCACGUCUCCGCACAAGGCUUGCGGCCCUGACCUACUCCCGCCAGUCCUCUGCACGCUGUUCAGUCAGCGAAUGACGGAGGCCUUCUGGCCCCUUAUGCUUAAGGCAGUGCUCAGGGCUAAUGAAGCGGUAGGCCUCAAAGGUGGGGUCUUGCAUCGGAUUGCGAAGCCGUCUGCCGUUGAGAACACAACUGCCGGUUAUCGCGGCAUACUUGUCCAAUCAUGUUUAUCCAAGGUUCUGCACCGGGCGGCCCGCCAUAUGGCAGUACAGCACUGGGAUCGCCACGUCUUGCCAACGCAGAUAGGAGGGCGUAGGGGAUGCCCUGCUUCCUUUAGACAUUUCUGCUCACGGGCUUUCUUGGCUAUGGCGCGCUCUCGUGGCCAGACUGCUGCGAUUCUGUUUGUUGACAUUGCGGCCGCCUAUUAUGGCGUCGUGCGUGAAGCCAUUCUGGGUUGCAGAGGCAGCAGUUGCCCCCUUGAGCAGCUUGUUGCUUCUCUGGGGCUCACGCGAGCCGACAUGCAGCUCCUUCAGGUUUACAUUGAGCAGGAGCCGGUCCUGGCUCAGCAAGAGGCACCAGCGCUUUUUCGUGAGGUCGCCGAGGAGCUGCACCGGAACACCUGGUUUAUUUUAUCCGGGGAUACCCAGGUUGUUGAGACCCACCGUGGCACUAGACCGGGUGGGUCUCUUGCGGAUAUCCUUUUCAGCAUUCUGUUUAGUCGCGUCCUGGGCAGACGCUGCCAGACAACGUUACAGCCCUUUGUGCCGCAGGUUUGCUGGAGCGGUGCAAGGACUCCCUGGCCUGACAAAGUGGAUGCCCAUGCAGCCUGCAGUGUUGAAGCAAGUGACGUUGUGUAUGCGGACGACCUUGCCAGCUUCCUGGUCUGCGCUCACGCGGAUGCGGCGUCCCAUAUGAUUUCCAGUGUUGCUGCUGACACGAUUGAUACACUGCUUCCGCACGGCCUCAACGCCAACAUAGGGCCCACUAAAACCGCAGCCUUGGUCGUCCCGAUGGGAAAGGGCUCCAAAGCGGUUAGACGUAAACUUUUCAGUGAAGGCAAAGGCCGGCUGGUCGUGCUGCCUGAGAAUAGAGGAGGUUUUCGCCUUGACCUUGUGCCUGCCUAUAAGCACCUGGGUUCCAUAGUGACUCAUGAUGGAUGCCUUCUUCUUGAGAUUCGGCACAGACUCUCCGCUGGACGCUCCGCCAUGAAGGAAGGCAAGCAGCGUCUUUUUGCCUGUAAGCGCGUACCGCUCGCCCGACGGGCCAGCAUCUUCCGGGCCCAUGUGCUGUCCGCGGUUUUGCCGGGGGUUGGCACUUGGCGCAAGUUGCAAGGGCAGGUUGAGCGAUUGAGAUUCUUGGGACAGCUGGUCAGGCAUGGUCCUGAUGCUGCGUGGGCUUUGCUCUCGCACUAUGAUGGAUUUCAAGCUGGGCUUCGCGAUGCCGCGGACUGGCUGCUUGCCGCGACUGGUGUCUCGGAUGGACUACCCGACGUCCAGUGUGACUGGGACUCUUGGGCUCGUCUUAUUUUGGAAUCUCCGGGGCGUUGGAAGGCCAUGCUCAAGCGUGAGGAGGCAUGGUACUCUCUGCGCGACGGGCAGAUUGCUUUGCUUGACUGCUUUGUGCGAGAGGUUUGGACGAAUCGCGCUGUUAGUCGCCCCACUGCCAUCUCUCAGUGCGAGCACGCUUGCCUGCCUUGUCGCAUUGCUUUCCGCACAAGACAACAAUGGGGUGCGCAUGCGCAUAGAGCUCACAACUAUCAUUCACGUGCGCAUCUGGUUGCGCGCGGGCGCACCUGUCAGGCUUGUGGACUUCAAGUCUCCUCCGAGGGCAGGUUGCGUACGCACCUUCGCUUGAGUCCGAUGUGUGUCGCGCGAGUUGAGGCUCUAGCCGCUGCUGGACCAUUGGUUAUCGAUUCCUCUGUCGGUCAUGUACAGGCACCGGCUGUGCCGGGCAUUGGCAGGCGUUCGCUGGAUGUCCCUGAUCCGGAGGUUUGCCCGGCCCUGGAAGCAUGUCUGGCGACUUUUCAGCCUAGCACCGUCGAUAUCGAUGACGAGCUCUUCCAGCUGGUCAUGCAGCACAUCGCGCCCCUACCUGCACUGCGUCGUACGCUCGAGGGCUGGGCCUCCAGUCUGCCUGCGGACCUGGUGCAAGCUGCCGCCGCAGAUGUCCUGCUCAUUCUACAUCCUGAGCAUGUGUGUGAUAGGGUGGCCGGACGUCCUACCGAAGCGGACGAUGUGCCCUUGUCUUACCUGCCGGUUCUGGAUGUUCCCUUGGCAGUCCCGCGUGCGCCGUUGUUGCCUAUUUUGCACAAUUGCACUGUGCCUUAUGUGUGGGGGGUUGUAUACUCUCUUCAAGCAGCACCGCUCCGCUUGGUUUCCUUUGGGUCUCUCACGCAACAUGCGGGGUGUGCUUGCGCCGGCAUCUGCCUCGAGUUUCCGGCUCCCCCUGAGCCGCUCCUGCCUGUCUUCCGCCCCCCAUCCUGUUCUGUCCGCUCUCUCCGCGGCCUGUGUGACUGGACAAGCGCUGCCCUUGACACGCUUAAGUUCCUCAUUGCCCAGGCUGACUUGCAACCUUUGACCGAUUGGAUUGUCGGCAUGACGGGACCCAGGGACGAG